AUGUUCUUAAGCAAACUCUCGUGCCCCCCUUCACCGCUGGUCAACCAAGGCUACCUGAGUCCCCUUCCACCUCUGGUCAAACCAAGGCACCUGAGCUCCCCUUCACCUCUGUCCAUAGUCAACGCCGGCACCGGGGGGCCUGAGUCCCCUUCCACCUCUGUACACCCGGACCCUGAGUCCCCUUACACCUCUGGUCAUCGUUCAACCCCGUGCCACCCUGAGUCCCCUUCCACCUAUGGUCAUAGUCAACCCCGCACCCUGAGUCCCCUUCCACUCUGGUCAACCCCGCACCCUGAGUCCCCUUCCACCUCUGGUCAUAGUCAACCCCCGGCACCCCUGAGUUCCCCUCCACCUCUUGUCAUCGUUCAAACACCCGGCGCCCGAGAAGUACCCCUUCCAUCUGGUCAUAGUCAACCCCGGCACCCUGAGUCCCCUUCCCCUCGGGUCAACCCCGGCACCCUGAGUCCCUUUCCACCUCUGGUCAACCCGGCACCUGAGUCACCUUCCACACUCUGUCCACCGCACCCUGAGUCCCCUUUCCACCUCUGGUCAUCUUCAACAGCCCCGGCCCUCACCUUGCAGCCCCCCCACCCGUCCCCUUCCACCUCUGGUCCAACCCGGCACCCUGAUCCCCUUCACACCUCUGGUCAACCCCGGCACCCUGAGACUUCCCCUUACCCAUCUGUCAUAGUAACCGGCACCCUGAGUCCCCUUUCCACCCUGGUAAUCGUCAACCCCGGCCCAGUGAGUCCCCUUUCCCUCUGGUCUAGUCAACCCGGCACCCUGGUCCCCUUCCACCUCCUGGUCAAAAACCGGCACCCUGAGUCCCCUUCCACCUGCUGGUUCAACCCCGGCACCCGAGUCCCCUUCCACCUGUGGAUCAACCCGGCACCCUGA